AUGACCUCUCGCCUGAUGCUCAAACAGGAAUAUCCACCAACUCAAGUCCAACCACAAUCUUCGGCUACACGGGACGACGGUCAUUGGCAACCUCCUCAUUUCGAUUACGCAGCAUUGGAUAAAGUGGAUGCUGAAGCAGGGUCCAUCCUUAUUGCUUUGGCUAAUCAGGAACCUCUCAAGACCACAGCUAUCGAUGAUGACCAUGACACCGUAAUGGCCAACAACAAACCCAAUGAUCACAACAAUAGCAACAACAACAACAAUAGCCAUUCAUCCAUGUCUAUCAACAAUUUACUUGGAGGAGGUGGAGGAGGAGGUUCUUCAGCGUUGACACCGCAACAACAACAACAACAACGUCAUUCCAAUGACAACGAUGCAUCAAACAAACCAUCCGAUCCAGUGACAACUUCUGAUCCGAUUAUGUUACUUGCAGCAGCCGCAGCAGCUAUUGAUGGUCGUCCCGGCACUAAUGGCACUCAUGCACCUUCAUCCACCACUGCAUAUACAUCUACAUCAGAGAGGAGAUUGGGUGAUAGUGGCUAUGGAUACUAUUCACAAUACUAUUCAUCAUCCUAUCCAAAGACAAAGCAGCAACAAUACUCAUACCAUGGUUAUUACGAAGACAUUCGAGCUCGACGUGAUCGUAGAAUGGCAUCGCCACCUGAUGGAUAUGAACAACGACGUCGUGAAUCAGCACCUGUGAAUCGACAUCGACCAGAGAGAGGAACAAAUGUGUUUUCUUACCAGUACAUCUCCAUGAAACAAAAUCCAAGGAUCAAGCGAAAUGCUAUGCAUGCCUAUAUCACGUACAUGAUUUACACUGACAUGACCCAUCAGGAUCGUAUGAGAACUAAACUUGAUGGUGGACAUGCAAGAAAAGUCAACAGUGAAGAAUACGAUGCAUGGGCUACUCGAAAACCAAGCGAAGGACGAAUAGAAGCAUCUACUCUUGGAGCAUCAACGUAUCAUCGUCGGGGUAGUGGCAGUGUGGCACCACCACAACCACAACCACCUACUGCCCAUGGUGGGAUGGUCCAUGCUGCACCAGGGGAACCACCACAACCUAAAUCGUGGUACACAUCAACUGGAUCUGGAGCACAACCACCACAACCACCUCCCCCUACCACAGCCACCACAACUACAACUACACCCACCACCACCACUGCUGCUGUUACUACCACUGCAACGAGUACUGCCACACCAUCCCAUUAUCGAUUACCCCCAUCGCCUUCAACUCCACACCAACCAUCAUCUUCAAGGCAGUCUUCACCAUCACAACAUAACGGCAACAGUAAUGCGAUCAUGAUGGGAAGGCCUUUAACAGCUUUUUUACGUGAUGGUCCACCAGAUCGUCCUUUGCCGCCACCGUUUUCUUCUACAGCUACUGCAACUGCUGCCACUGUGUCUGGAGCUGGUAAUGGGCGAUCAUCUAUCCUAUAA